CAAACCCAACCCGGCUUCGUCAUCUUACUUCUUUCCUACAUUUCAUUUUAUUCACUUCCUCUCUCUCUCUUUGUCACUCUCAUUCUCAAUUUUUCGUUAUGGCUUCUUCAAGCUCUGGAAUCGCAAUCCCUGCACCAGAGGCCGUUCAGGUUCUCGUCUCGUUGCUAGCUGAUGAAUCCCCAAUCGUCAGAGCCGCCGCCUCCGCUUCUCUCAAGGAUAUCGCCACCUUGAGUCCGCUACUAGUGCUUGACUGUUGCUGGGCUGUAUCUCGAGGAGGAAGACGGCGUUUUGGGAACAUGGCUGGGAUUUUUCAAGUGAUGGCAUUCGGAGUGCGAGCUAUUGAUAGUAAUGAUGUGGAUCCUCCAUUCAUGACGAAGCUCGCUAAGAUUGCCACGGCGGAGAUGAUCUCCUCCAAGGAGAUAAAUGCAGACUGGCAAAGAGCUGCAUCGGGCCUGCUUGUUUCAAUAGGAUCACAUUUGCCUGACUUAAUGAUGGAAGAAAUAUUUCUUCAUUUGUCAGGGCCAAGUCCAGCUCUACCAGUAAUGGUUCAGAUUCUUGCAGACUUUGCUUCUGCCGAUGCAUUGCAGUUCACUCCACGACUGAAAGGUGUACUUUCACGGGUUCUGCCUAUUCUUGGAAAUGUGCGAGAUGCCCACAGGCCAAUUUUUGCAAAUGCAUUCAAGUGUUGGUGCCAGGCAGUAUGGCAAUAUAGUGUGGACUUUCCAUCGCAUUCACCUCUUGAUGGUGGCGUUAUGUCUUUUUUAAAUUCUGUUUUUGAGCUUUUAUUGAGAGUAUGGGCAGUUUCACGGGAUCUAAAGGUUCGUAUAUCUUCUGUGGAAGCCUUAGGUCAGAUGGUUGGCCUUAUCACCCGGACACAAUUAAAGUCAGCUUUACCCAGACUUGUCCCUACAAUUUUGGAAUUGUAUAAAAAAGAUCACGAUAUUGCCUUUGUGGCAACAUGUAGUCUCCACAACCUCUUAAAUGCCUCCUUGCUGUCAGAAAGUGGACCCCCUUUGCUUGAUUUUGAGGAGCUCACGGUUAUUCUAUCAAGUCUUCUCCCAGUGGUUUGCAUUAGUAGUGACAGCAAAGAGCAUUCAGAUUUCUCAGUGGCAUUGAAGACAUAUAAUGAAGUUCAGCGCUGCUUUCUGACAGUUGGUUUAGUAUACCCUGAGGAUUUAUUCAUGUUCCUUCUGAAUAAAUGCAAGUUGAAGGAAGAACCUUUGACUUUUGGUGCACUUAGUGUUUUGAAGCAUCUCCUACCCAGGUUGUCUGAAGCAUUGCACAAUAAAAGGCCUUUGCUUGUCGAAGCAGUGAAGUUGUUGCUAGAUGAGCAAGAUUUGGGGGUGCGAAAGGCGCUCUCAGAGUUGAUUGUGGUUAUGGCCUCUCACUGUUACUUGGUUGGUCCAUCUGGGGAGUCGUUUGUUGAAUAUCUUGUACGGAAUUGUGCUCUACCAGAUCAGGACAGAAAUGAGCUUGGGACCUCCAAGGAAGUCUUUGGGUCUAGCGGCACAAAUGUUCCUUCCCAAUACAAGAGAUUGGAGGUCAAAAUUGGGGCGGUUUGUCCAACAGAGUUGAGAGCAAUCUGUGAAAAAGGACUCCUUUUGUUGACUAUUACAAUUCCUGAAAUGGAGCAUAUUCUUUGGCCUUUUCUGUUAAAGAUGAUCAUUCCACGGGAUUAUAUUGGUGCAGCUGCCACAGUUUGCAGAUGUAUUUCAGAAUUGUGCAGGCAUAGACCAUCUCAUAGUGAUAAUAUGCUUAGUGAGUGUAAAGCUCGUUCUGAUAUACCAAAUCCUGAGGAGCUUUUAGCUCGCUUGGUGGUACUUUUGCAUGAUCCUUUAGCGAGGGAGCAGUUGGCAACUCAGAUUUUGACAGUCCUUUGUUGUCUAGCACCUCUCUUUCCGAAAAAUAUCAACUUGUUUUGGCAAGAUGAGAUUCCAAAAAUGAAGGCAUAUGUUAGUGACACAGAAGACUUGAAGCAGGAUCCAUCCUAUCAAGAGACUUGGGAUGACAUGAUAAUAGAUUUUCUUGCGGAAUCUUUGGAUGUGAUUCAAGACACCAAUUGGGUGAUAUCUCUUGGAAAUGCUUUCACCAAACAAUAUGAGCUCUAUACUUCUAAUGAUGAACAUUCUGCACUCCUUCACCGGUGCUUGGGUAUUCUUCUUCAAAAGGUCAAUGACAGGGUUUAUGUUCGUGAUGGGAUAGAUUGGAUGUAUAAACAAGCUGACAUUUCAAUUCCAACAAACAGGCUCGGAUUGGCGAAAGCCAUGGGACUGGUUGCAGCAUCCCACUUGGAUACUGUAUUGGACAAGCUGAAAGAUAUUCUGGAUAAUGUUGGGCAAAGCAUGUUUCAAAGAUUCCUAUCCUUUUUCUCUGACAGUUUUAGAGCAGAAGAGUCUGAUGAUAUACAUGCUGCUUUGGCUCUAAUGUAUGGCUAUGCUGCGAAAUAUGCUCCAUCAACAGUUAUUGAAGCCAGAAUAGAUGCACUUAUUGGGACUAAUAUGCUUUCACGGCUUCUUCAUGUGCGCCACCCUACAGCAAAGCAGGCGGUUAUCACUGCCAUUGAUUUACUAGGUUGUGCUGUCAUUAAUGCUGCGGAGAAUGGUGCAUCAUUUCCUUUGAAAAGAAGGGACAUAAUGCUUGACUAUAUUUUGACCUUAAUGGGCCGAGAGGCCCUAGAUGACAAUGAAGACUUUGUUGAUUCUAAUCUUGAACUUCUCCAUACUCAAGCCCUUGCUUUAAGUGCCUGUACUACCUUGGUUUCUGUGGAGCCAAAACUAACAGUUGAAACACGAAAUCAUGUGAUGAAGGCAACGCUUGGGUUCUUUGCUUUGCCUAAUGAUCCGGUAGAUGUUGUUAAUCCCCUUAUUGACAACCUUAUCACUCUCUUAUGUGCAAUUCUUCUCACAAGUGGAGAGGAUGGGAGAAGUCGGGCAGAGCAGCUAUUGCAUAUGUUGAGACAAAUUGAUCAGUAUGUUUCUUCACACGUGGAAUAUCAAAGGAGAAGAGGUUGUCGGGCAGUAUAUGAGAUGCUUCUCAAGUUCAGGACGGUUUGCAUCAGUGGAUAUUGUGCGCUGGGCUGCCAGGGAAGUUGCAUACAUAGCAAGCAAGUUGACCGUACUGUGCAUGGGAAUUUUUCCAACUUACCAUCCGCAUUUGUACUACCAAAUCGUGAAGCAUUGUGUUUAGGAGAUAGGGUUGUCAUGUAUCUCCCACGUUGUGCAGAUACUAAUUCUGAAGUUAGAAAAGUUUCUGCUCAGAUCCUUGAUCAACUCUUCAGCAUCUCUCUUUCACUUCCAAGGCCUGCAGCUUCCAAGUUUUCUGUGGACAUAGAAUUGUCCUAUGGUGCUUUGUCCUCCCUUGAGGAUGUUAUAGCCAUCUUGAGGAGUGAUGCAUCUAUUGAUCCUUCAGAAGUAUUCAACAGAAUUAUUUCCUCUGUCUGUAUUUUGUUGACAAAGGAUGAGCUUGUUGCUACCCUCCAUGGUUGCUCAUCAGCUAUAUGUGAUAAAAUCAAGCAGUCAGCUGAAGGGGCCAUACAAGCUGUCGUUGAGUUUGUUACGAAGAGGGGGCAUGAGCUGGUCGAAAAUGAUGUUUCAAGAACAACCCAAGCUUUGCUCUCUGCUACAGUUCAUAUAACUGAGAAGCAUUUACGUUUGGAAACUCUUGGUGCCAUUUCUUCGUUAGCUGAGAACACGAGUUCAAAAAUUGUUUUCAAUGAAGUAUUGGCUACUGCUGGAAGGGAUGUAGUCACAAAAGAUAUAUCUAGACUACGUGGUGGUUGGUCAAUGCAGGAUGCGUUUUAUGCAUUUUCCCAGCAUACGGUGCUUUCAUCUUUGUUCCUGGAGCAUGUGAUAUUUGUCUUUAGCCAGCCUCCAAUUCUGAGAGGUGAUUCCCGGAAAGGAGAGAACUCUAGUCAUCUUGUUGACGGUCAGAUGGAAGAUGACGUUCUGCAAGCUGCUAUUUUUGCUCUCACAGCAUUUUUCAGAGGUGGUGGUAAAGUCGGAAAGAAAUCCGUUGAACAAAGCUAUGCUUCUGUUCUUGCAGAACUUACUCUCCAGUUGGGUAGUUGUCAUGGUCUCGUGAGCACUGGUCAGUAUGAACCACUACGGGCUCUUCUAAUUGCAUUUCAGGCGUUCUGUGAUUGCGUUGGAGAUCUUGAAAUGGGAAAGAUUUUGGCCAGAGAUGGAGAGCUAACUGACAAUGAGAGGUGGAUCAAUCUUAUUGGAGACAUAGCCUCCUGCGUUUCAAUAAAGAGACCGAAAGAGGUUCAAAGUAUUUGUAUAAUUUUGAGCAAAUCCCUAAGUCGACCGCAAAAAUACCAAAGGGAAGCUGCAGCUGCUGCAUUGUCAGAAUUUGUUCGUUAUAGUGGUGGGCUUGGUUCCCUAUUAGAGCAAAUGGUAGAGGUGUUGUGUCAGCACGUAUCAGAUGAGUCUCCAACUGUUAGACGGCUAUGUUUGAGAGGACUAGUACAGAUACCAUCUAUUGAUAUUCUACAGUAUACAAGUCAAGUCUUAGGGGUAAUAUUAGCUUUACUCGAAGAUCCAGAUGAAUCCGUUCAAUUGACUGCAGUGUCAUGCUUACUCAUGAUACUUGAGUCAUCACCCAAUGAAGCAGCGGUGGAACCCAUUUUGCUUAACCUUUCCGUACGGCUGCGCAAUCUUCAAAUGUGCAUGAACAUGAAGAUGCGAGCCAAUGCUUUUGCAGCAUUUGGAGCAUUGAGCAACUAUGGAUUUGGGGCACAACAUGAGGCAUUUGUUGAACAGGUACAUGCUACCAUCCCUCGAUUGGUUCUACAUCUUCAUGAUGAUGAUAUUAAUGUUCGCCAGGCAUGCCGGAGUACUCUUAAACGAAUGUUCAAUUUGAUGGAAAUGGAAAGAUUGUCUGCUCUGUUCAAUACACAUUGUUUCAAUUCUGAUCACCGAAGUGACUAUGAGGACUUUGUCAGAGAUCUAUCAAAGCAACUUACUCAACAUCUUCCCUCAAGAGUUGAUACUUACAUGGCAUCAACAAUACAGGCUUUUGAUGCACCUUGGCCAAUAAUUCAGGCAAAUGCUAUUUACUUCUCCAGUAGCAUGCUAUCUUUAUCAGAUGAUCAGCACAUUUUAGCUCGAUAUUAUACCCAGGUGUUCACAAUAUUGGUAGGCAAAUUGAGUCGCUCAACAGAUGCAAUUGUUAGAGCAACAUGCUCUUCAGCUUUGGGUUUGCUACUAAAAUUCUCCAAUCCACUCUCAUGGAGAGUAGAUAGCCUUGAUCGCGUGGACUCAAGUCGAAGAGGUCAUGAUUUGUAGUCUACUAAGAAGUAGCAAUGUACGAUGGAAGUGAAAAUGAUAGGCUUGACUUGCGAGCUCUGAGACCUGCACCAUUUAGAUCAAAUGCGUAGUGAUUAAUUUGUCUAAUUCUCUAUUGACCACAAGCCAAGCUCUGUAGUAAUGUUCAUAAAAUGUACAAUUGUAUGCGAUUUAAAUUCAUAGUGAGCUUAAGUUGGGCGUGGGCGUAUUUAGGUUUGUUGUAUGAGUAACUAUAGUGUUGUUAUAAAAUUGCAUAAGGUGUACACUGGGUGCUCCAAAAUAAUUUCACCUGCCUGUGAUUGUGGGUUGUGAUGUUUUGUUUUAUUUUU